GCCGCUACGAGUGGGUAGCCAGAAGCUGGUGGUGGAGAGGGAGAGCGGCUGCAAGGAACGACGAGGCUGGCGCGGGGACCACGCGGCGGAGGCGAUCGAAAGAGAAACGAGGCCAGGCAAGGCGGAGGAAAUCCAGCCGAUGAAGGCGAGCUGCCGCCUAGGAGGGAGGAGGGUCCUUUCGGCUGCCGCUGCUGCUGUUCCGGGACGCCGCCUGGGGAGCCAGCCCGCUCGUAAGAGGGCGAGCGGCGCGGCCACGGAGGCGCCGAGGAGGAGCGAGCCGCCGCCGGGCAGCGGCGUGCCCUCGGGGGAGAGGGCGCCGGAGAGGAGGCGGCGGCGCGGCGGCGAGGGCGCGGCGCGCGAUGGCAGCUGCUUAGCCCGGCGGGCGCGGAGCAGCCCCGAGCUGUGGCUGGCCAGGCGGUGCGGCUGGGCGGGGGACGCCGCCGCCGUUGCUGCCCGGCCCGGAGAGAUGAGCACGGAGGCGGACGAGGGCAUCACUUUCUCUGUGCCACCCUUCGCCCCCUCGGGCUUCUGCACCAUCCCCGAGGGCGGCAUCUGCAGGAGGGGAGGAGCGGCGGCGGUGGGCGAGGGCGAGGAGCACCAGCUGCCACCGCCGCCGCCGGGCAGCUUCUGGAACGUGGAGAGCGCCGCUGCCCCUGGCAUCGGUUGUCCGGCGGCCACCUCCUCGAGCAGUGCCACCCGAGGCCGGGGCAGCUCUGUUGGCGGGGGCAGCCGACGGACCACGGUGGCAUAUGUGAUCAACGAAGCGAGCCAGGGGCAACUGGUGGUGGCCGAGAGCGAGGCCCUGCAGAGCUUGCGGGAGGCGUGCGAGACAGUGGGCGCCACCCUGGAAACCCUGCAUUUUGGGAAACUCGACUUUGGAGAAACCACCGUGCUGGACCGCUUUUACAAUGCAGAUAUUGCGGUGGUGGAGAUGAGCGAUGCCUUCCGGCAGCCGUCCUUGUUUUACCACCUUGGGGUGAGAGAAAGUUUCAGCAUGGCCAACAACAUCAUCCUCUACUGUGAUACUAACUCGGACUCUCUGCAGUCACUGAAGGAAAUCAUUUGCCAGAAGAAUACUACGUGGGAUUCCAUCUGUGCCGUGUCUCCAGGCCAGCUCCCCACUUGCCGAUGCCUCCUCUCUCUGCAGAUGUGCACUGGGAACUACACCUUUGUUCCUUACAUGAUAACUCCACAUAACAAAGUCUACUGCUGUGACAGCAGCUUCAUGAAGGGGUUGACAGAGCUCAUGCAACCGAACUUCGAGCUGCUUCUUGGACCCAUCUGCUUACCUCUUGUGGAUCGUUUUAUUCAACUUUUGAAGGUGGCACAAGCAAGUUCUAGCCAGUACUUCCGGGAAUCUAUACUCAAUGACAUCAGGAAAGCUCGUAAUUUAUACACUGGUAAAGAAUUGGCAGCUGAGUUGGCAAGAAUUCGGCAGCGAGUAGAUAAUAUCGAAGUCUUGACAGCAGAUAUUGUCAUAAAUCUGUUACUUUCCUACAGAGAUAUCCAGGACUAUGAUUCUAUUGUGAAGCUGGUAGAGACUUUAGAAAAACUGCCAACCUUUGAUUUGGCCUCCCAUCACCAUGUGAAGUUUCAUUAUGCAUUUGCACUGAAUAGGAGAAAUCUCCCUGGUGACAGAGCAAAAGCUCUUGAUAUUAUGAUUCCCAUGGUGCAAAGUGAAGGACAAGUUGCUUCAGAUAUGUAUUGCCUAGUUGGUCGAAUCUACAAAGAUAUGUUUUUGGACUCUAAUUUCACGGACACUGAAAGCAGAGACCAUGGAGCUUCUUGGUUCAAAAAGGCAUUUGAAUCUGAGCCAACACUACAGUCAGGAAUUAAUUAUGCGGUCCUCCUCCUGGCAGCUGGACACCAGUUUGAAUCUUCCUUUGAGCUCCGGAAAGUUGGGGUGAAGCUAAGUAGUCUUCUUGGUAAAAAGGGAAACUUGGAAAAACUCCAGAGCUACUGGGAAGUUGGAUUUUUUCUGGGGGCCAGCGUCCUAGCCAAUGACCACAUGAGAGUCAUUCAAGCAUCUGAAAAGCUUUUUAAACUGAAGACACCAGCAUGGUACCUCAAGUCUAUUGUAGAGACAAUUUUGAUAUAUAAGCAUUUUGUGAAACUGACCACAGAACAGCCUGUGGCCAAGCAAGAACUUGUGGACUUUUGGAUGGAUUUCCUGGUCGAGGCCACAAAGACAGAUGUUACUGUGGUUAGGUUUCCAGUAUUAAUAUUAGAACCAACCAAAAUCUAUCAACCUUCUUAUUUGUCUAUCAACAAUGAAGUUGAGGAAAAGACAAUCUCUAUUUGGCACGUGCUUCCUGAUGACAAGAAAGGUAUACAUGAGUGGAAUUUUAGUGCCUCUUCUGUCAGGGGAGUGAGUAUUUCUAAAUUUGAAGAAAGAUGCUGCUUUCUUUAUGUGCUUCACAAUUCUGAUGAUUUCCAAAUCUAUUUCUGUACAGAACUUCAUUGUAAAAAGUUUUUUGAGAUGGUGAACACCAUUACCGAAGAGAAGGGGAGAAGCACAGAGGAAGGAGACUGUGAAAGUGACUCGCUGGAGUAUGACUAUGAAUAUGAUGAAAAUGGUGACAGAGUCGUUUUAGGAAAAGGCACUUACGGGAUAGUCUACGCAGGUCGGGACUUGAGCAACCAAGUCAGAAUUGCUAUUAAGGAAAUCCCAGAGAGAGACAGCAGAUACUCUCAGCCCCUGCAUGAAGAAAUAGCAUUGCAUAAACACCUGAAGCACAAAAAUAUUGUCCAGUAUCUGGGCUCUUUCAGUGAGAAUGGUUUCAUUAAAAUCUUCAUGGAGCAGGUCCCUGGAGGAAGUCUUUCUGCUCUCCUUCGUUCCAAAUGGGGUCCAUUAAAAGACAAUGAGCAAACAAUUGGCUUUUAUACAAAGCAAAUACUGGAAGGAUUAAAAUAUCUCCAUGACAAUCAGAUAGUUCACCGGGACAUAAAGGGUGACAAUGUGUUGAUUAAUACCUACAGUGGUGUUCUCAAGAUCUCUGACUUCGGGACAUCAAAGAGGCUUGCUGGCAUAAACCCCUGUACUGAAACUUUUACUGGUACCCUCCAGUAUAUGGCACCAGAAAUAAUAGAUAAAGGACCAAGAGGCUACGGAAAAGCAGCAGACAUCUGGUCUCUGGGCUGUACAAUCAUUGAAAUGGCCACAGGAAAACCCCCAUUUUAUGAACUGGGAGAACCACAAGCAGCUAUGUUCAAGGUGGGAAUGUUUAAAGUCCACCCUGAGAUCCCAGAGUCCAUGUCUGCAGAGGCCAAGGCAUUCAUACUGAAAUGUUUUGAACCAGAUCCUGACAAGAGAGCCUGUGCUAACGACUUGCUUGUUGAUGAGUUUUUAAAAGUUUCAAGCAAAAAGAAAAAGACACAACCUAAGCUUUCAGCUCUUUCAGCUGGAUCAAAUGCAGAAUAUCUCAGGAGUAUAUCCUUGCCGGUACCUGUGCUGGUGGAGGACACCAGCAGCAGCAGUGAGUACGGCUCAGUUUCACCCGACACGGAGUUGAAAGUGGACCCCUUCUCUUUCAAAACAAGAGCCAAGUCCUGCGGAGAAAGAGAUGUCAAGGGAAUUCGGACACUCUUUUUGGGCAUUCCAGAUGAGAAUUUUGAAGAUCACAGUGCUCCUCCUUCCCCUGAAGAAAAAGAUUCUGGAUUCUUCAUGCUGAGGAAGGACAGUGAGAGGCGAGCUACCCUUCACAGGAUCCUGACGGAAGACCAAGACAAAAUUGUGAGAAACCUAAUGGAAUCUUUAGCUCAGGGGGCUGAAGAACCAAAACUAAAAUGGGAACACAUCACAACCCUCAUUGCAAGCCUCAGAGAAUUUGUGAGAUCCACUGACCGAAAAAUCAUAGCCACCACAUUGUCAAAGCUGAAACUGGAGCUGGACUUCGACAGCCAUGGCAUUAGCCAAGUCCAGGUGGUACUCUUUGGUUUUCAAGAUGCUGUCAAUAAAGUUCUUCGGAAUCAUAACAUCAAGCCGCACUGGAUGUUUGCCUUAGACAGUAUCAUUCGGAAGGCGGUACAGACAGCCAUUACCAUCCUGGUUCCAGAACUAAGGCCACAUUUCAGCCUUGCAUCUGAGAGUGAUACUGCUGAUCAAGAAGACUUGGAUGUAGAAGAUGACCAUGAGGAACAGCCUUCAAAUCAAACUGUCCGAAGACCUCAGGCUGUCAUUGAAGAUGCUGUGGCUACCUCAGGUGUGAGCACGCUCAGUUCUACUGUGUCUCAUGAUUCCCAGAGUGCUCACCGGUCACUGAAUGUACAGCUUGGAAGGAUGAAAAUAGAAACCAAUAGAUUACUGGAAGAAUUGGUUCGGAAAGAGAAAGAAUUACAAGCACUCCUUCAUCGAGCUAUUGAAGAAAAAGACCAAGAAAUUAAACACCUGAAGCUUAAGUCCCAACCCAUAGAAAUUCCUGAAUUGCCUGUAUUUCAUCUAAAUUCUUCUGGCACAAAUACUGAAGAUUCUGAACUUACCGACUGGCUGAGAGUGAAUGGAGCUGAUGAAGACACUAUAAGCCGGUUUUUGGCUGAAGAUUAUACACUAUUGGAUGUUCUCUACUAUGUUACACGUGAUGACUUAAAAUGCUUGAGACUAAGGGGAGGGAUGCUGUGCACACUGUGGAAGGCUAUCAUUGACUUUCGAAACAAACAGACUUGACUGUUGCUCAAUCUAAUCUUCGAUGGAAAUUCUAAAAAUUAAUACAGAGCUGAUCUUCUUGGGGGUGGGAAAAUCGAAGGGAGAGGAGAAAGGCGCUGCACUUUAAAUCCAGUAUUUGUUUACUCAUGUUAAAGAAAAAAACAGACAAAACACACUGAAAUUUCCUAACUACAUCUAUUUCUAUAAUUUUUAAGGACUCUUCAUAAGGACUCUUAAAAUAAUCCUGAACAUUAGAACCCUAAUGUUCAGGAAGAUUUUAAUCUAAGCAUUUUUAUGGAAAUAUUUUUAAUGCAGCAGCUAUUGCACUUCAGCCAAAUGUUUAUUUCACACAAAACGGAUGUAACAUUUCAUGUGAUCGUGCACCACUGGAACAAAACCAAAAUGUGACCAUAACUGUUUAGGCUUCUGUGUGUUUGUAAUAUGCUCUAAUAAUCUGAGUAGAAAUGCGUAAUUUCAAUUACUGUAUAAAGUUUAUGUUUUUUUAAGUGUGCAGAAUCUGAGAGCAAUGGUUUUUACUUCUCUGUGUUAAUUGUAAUAUUGACUCUAUUUUGUAACUUAAGUUUCUGACCUGUCAUACAUUUGUUUGAGUCGUUUAUGUACUACUGAACUGUACCAGUUGCACAUGCUUGAACCGUAGUAAUGUUAGCUUGUUCUAAAGCUAUCCAUUGUGUCAUAUUUACUCUAAAAAUUAAAGAGACUCUCAACAUA